AUGAAACUUUCACAAUUCGAUGAAGAAUUUGAGGAUUCGAAUAUUUUAACGUGUAAAAAUCGAUGCAAUCAAACGUCGAAUGAUCUAGAAAACGAAAAAUGUAGCUGUCAACAAAAAUGCAUACAAAUGAAAAAUUGUUGUAUGGAUUUUUUCGAUUUGUGUCAGUUCAACGUUUCUAGUUCCACCACAACAGAAUCCGAAAAAAUUAUUGGUUAUUCCUAUACUACUCCAACGCAAAAAUUAACGGAAACGACAAAAACGCAAAUUAAAAAUAAUUCGUCGGAAUCAAAAAAUGAUGAAAAUAACGAAAUAGAUCCUAUAAAACCUGUUGCACCGCCAUUGCCACCCAGGUUACCGCUACCACCGUCACCUCGGCCACCACCACCACCACCACCGCCAUUGCCACCCCGAUCGCCGACCAUCGUCGUAAAUAAAACGGAAGAAAAAAUUUUUAAAACAACAAAAAAUAGUCAAACGAUAAAACCUACGACACCGAAAUCGGGAAAAAUUAACAGUAGCGUUAUUUUAGAAAAUGUUAAUAAUAAUAAUAAUACAAUUUGGAAAAAAAAUAUAACUUCGACAGCAGUAAAAACAACAACAGCAGUAACAAAAAAAAUACAAUUGACGAUUCCAACGAUUCGUCAACCCGUACCCGAUGUUAAAGAAGUUUUAAAAAAUAAAAAUAUUUCCGUGGUUGAAAAUUCGACAGUGAAAUCCAUCGUCGUAACGAAAAAAAUAACGAACUCGACGAAAAAAUUAUACAAACCGGAAAUAAAAUAUUUCGGAAGGAAAAAUUUAACGAUGCAAACAACAAACGACAAAAACACAACGAAAACAACAAACGUAACUUUGGUGAAGACCAACGACGUCACGCCGAUAAGAAUAUUUAAAAAUCAAGGAGUGAGACCCCCACAACCGAUCAAUCCAAAACUAUUGGAAAAACCUUCACUUCCGGUUAUAACAAACGAAUCACGAUUUCCUAAGGGAAAACCAAAAGAAUUUUUAGCUGGUAAAGAACCGCCGCAAGCGAUAAAAAUCGAUGCGCAUAAAGAAACAAGAGCAGGAACAAUGAGGGGAUUUUUAGAAAUCGGCGGAAUUUGUUGUGCACUUUUAAUAAUAAUAAUAAUACUAACCGUCGUUUGGUAUAAAAGAACGAAAACAAGAAAAACUGAAAGGGAUAGCAUGGUCGAAGAUUCAGAUGUGAGAUUUUUAACAUCAGAUGAAGUUUUAGAUUUUACACUUGCAAGACCUGCCGAUGACGAACUUUAA